AUGAAUUCAAAAACGGAUAGGAUGGUAAUAGAUCAAGAAUCAGAUUUGAAAGUGGUAUUACCUGGAGAUCCUAUUGAAUUGAAAAAAAAAGAAUCUUUGAAAUUAGGUCCAGGUUUAACGCAAACCCAAGAUUCCAUAAUUUGUAUUAAGGCUGGUAUAUUGAAUCAUUCUAAAGAUGGAAAAAAAGUGUGGGUUGAGAGUAAUCAAAAAAGAUAUAUUCCUGUAGGAGGAGAAUCGGUUCUUGGAAUCGUUACUUAUAAAGGUGGAGAAUUUUAUCGAUUAGAUAUUGGUAGUGCACAACAAGCUACAUUGUCCAAUACAGCCUUUGAGAAUGCCACCAAAAAGAAUCGACCGAUUUUAAAUAUUGGUAGUUUAGUGUACGCAAGAGUAUCUUCUGCAAAUAAAGACAUGGAGCCGGAGCUUGAAUGUAUUAACCCAUCAACAAAUAAAGCGGAUGGAUUUGGAGAAUUAGAAGGUGGAUAUGUGAUUAAAUGUUCUCUAAGAUAUUGCAGAAAGUUAUUAUUAAAUGAAAAUUCGAUAUUAUCAUUAUUAAAAAUAUUAGAGCAAAAAUACGAAUUUGAAAUGGCGAUUGGAAUGAACGGUAAAAUUUGGAUAAAAUCAAAGACUAUUAGUGAUACUAUUAUUUGUUGUAAUAUUAUUAAACGUGCCGAAAGUUUGAAUAGUAGUAAUACUAAUGCUGAUGAAUUUAAAAGAUUACUUAAGAUAUUUAGAUAG